AUGACGCACGUCACCAUGAACCCAACCAACACAGUCAUUGAUACGAAGUGGUUUGUUGGUCGGAAGUUCGAGGACAGUAGUUUUCCAAGCAACAGCCAACAAGGUUUCCAUGGUCUGAACGUUCUUGGGAUCAUCAAGUUGAGACAAGAAGAUCUUGCUGGGGGAACUUCUCAUGUAUCCACUCUUUCCAUUGAAAACUGCGUCUUCCGAAGUCUCAAGUCCACUGCUGGUGAUGUGCGCAUUCGGGUUGUGAAGAUUUAUAUCACCCAGGUGAGACGAUUUAUUCCGACCUUUCAUCAAAGUUCUACAUCCAAUGAAUUUUUCGGAAAUCAAGUGGAAGUAGGAGAUAGGCAUGUGAGCGGGUCGUCAUCUCGGAAUGAAUGUCUUGGCGUUUCAUCUGAUCAUGACAACAAUGCUGUCUUGAAUGUGACAAACACCGGAAGGAAGACUCGAGAAGGAAGGAAUGGAAUGGGUGGCAAUUGGUGGUUGCCUCCUUUGCUUCAUGGCUUGUUGAAGUUGGACCAUCAGUACCUUCAUUCUGGCCAUUGUGUCCUAUAUCAUGAACUGCCGUGUCUUCGACUGCUGGUGGAUUUGUCCGUUCGAGAUGAGGACUCGUACGGAGUGGUAACGGCGAAUUGGAUUCCAACGGUCAAUCAUGUGAAGUCCCAUAGGUUGACGAGAGAAGAGAUUUUGGAUAAGUGCAACGAAGCCCUCGAAAUGGCGUGGCCUGAUCAUGUAGAGAUAGAGAGAAAGAGAGCUAUUUUUGGUAUGAGUGUGCCUUCGCUCAGGUGUAAAUUUAAAAUCCCAGACCUGGUCGCGGACCUUAACUUUCUGUUGCCUGAAGAAAGAAUCACGGUGAAGGAUCUGCGUGAACCACAAGCGGGCCUUUUGAACUUGACAAUUUAUUGUACCGUGAGACCCCGAGAUGCGGACAUAAUUGGUGCAUCAAGAGUGUUCCUAAGGUUGGGGAUCGAAAGUCAAUCUCUCUGCAGUUCCGAAGAUGAUGAAGAAGAUGCCGCCCACGAUGAAUAUCGCUCCUGCUUGCUGCAACCACCCCUUCAAACCGCCAUCCCUGCCGAACCGCCACAAAGCUUGCGAACAAUUGGCGGCGGCUCAUCAGUGUUUGAUUAA